CGCCCCAUCAUUUUAUUUAUUCAUAUUUAUUUGGCGUCCGGUCUGGUCUCUUCUUUCUACCCCUCUUCCUCCCUCCCUCUGGAUCCCCGCUCUCUCCCCGGAGUGGCGCGUCGGGGGCUCCGCCGCUGGCCAGGCGUGAUGUUGCACGUGGAGAUGUUGACGCUGCUGUUUCUGGUGCUCUGGAUGUGUGUGUUCAGCCAGGACCCGGGUUCCAAAGUCGUCGCCGACCGCUACGCUGUCUACUGGAACAGCAGCAACCCCAGAUUCCAGAGGGGUGACUACCACAUUGACGUCUGCAUCAAUGACUACCUGGAUGUUUUCUGCCCUCACUAUGAGGACUCUGUCCCAGAAGACAAGACUGAGCGCUAUGUCCUCUACAUGGUGAACUUUGAUGGCUACAGUGCCUGCGACCACACUUCCAAAGGGUUCAAGAGAUGGGAAUGUAACCGGCCUCACUCUCCAAAUGGACCGCUGAAGUUCUCGGAGAAAUUCCAGCUCUUCACUCCCUUUUCUCUAGGAUUUGAAUUCAGGCCAGGCCGAGAGUAUUUCUACAUCUCCUCUGCAAUCCCAGACAAUGGAAGAAGGUCCUGCCUAAAGCUCAAAGUCUUCGUGAGACCAACAAAUAGCUGUAUGAAAACUAUAGGUGUUCAUGAUCGUGUUUUCGAUGUUAACGACAAAGUAGAAAAUUCAUUAGAACCAGCAGAUGACACCGUACAUGAGUCAGCCGAGCCAUCCCGCGGUGAGAACGCGGCACAGACCCCAAGGAUACCCAGCCGCCUUUUGGCGAUCCUACUGUUCCUCCUGGCGAUGCUUUUGACAUUAUAGCACAGCCUCCUCUCAUCACCUGUCACAGAAAACAUCAGGGUCUUGGGACACCAGAGAUCCGCCUAACUGCUCAUCCCAAGAAGGGACUUGUUAUUGGUUUUUUGGCAGAUGUCAGAUUUUUUUUGUUGUUGUUGUUUUUGUUUUUCUUUCCUUCAGCCUGAUUUCUGAGCAACAACCUGGGGUUGUUGGGGGCUAAACGCGUCACUGCCCUCCUUCACCCCACCCCAUCCCCAGCCCUGGUCCUUGACUUCUCUCACCCCUUCCAAAUUCAAUGGACUCCAGAUGAAAAUGCCAAAUCGUUGUAGCGACACCAGUGGGUUCUCCUCGCGGACUCACCUCUGUAAGCUCAGGGUGUCAACGGUAUGCAGACAAGGAAGGAGCGUGGCCAGGCCGAGAGGGUAUCUCUCUCCUAUCCAGUACUGAACGCCUUCUCAUUCAGGACAGUAAGGUGGUUGUGUGGAGCGUGAUGUUGGUGUGUCAGGUCCGGAGGGGCGGAAUAAAGAGUAGACAUACGAUGACACCAUACCCUCUAGAAGUGUAGAAAUGAGCAGGCUUCUCCAAGGUUCAGAUACUAGUUUUUGUUUUUAUCAAAUAGGACUGUCUUAAAGCGUUCUUGCCAGCAAAACUUGUGCUGUGCCCAAGAAGCUUUUUCUCCCUGAAGGAGUGUUGGAUGCAGGGAUGGUAAUGCAGGAGAUGUGUAUAUUGAGAAAACGAUCUAUUGCUGGUGGUGUGAGUGCCUCUAACUUUUUAGUGACUGGGUAGUGCACACCUGAUUUUUUUUUCCCUUUGAAUACAGAUCACCAUGGUGCUACAACUUUUCUUUUUCUUUUUAGGAGCUCAAAGAGGCAUUUUUAUGAAUAAAGUGACCUUCCCCGAGGCUGACAAGCCAGGGUUGAUGAGUAGAGAGUAGAAUAGCUUUGCCUGCCCCUCUGGGGACAACGUGUACAAGGAAAGGAAGUCUGUGGCCCGAGGAGAUGCGGUUUGGCUUUGCUGGAGCUCCAGUGUGCUGUGGCCUUUCCCCAACCCCCACCCCGAUGCCCACGUUCUGCUCCAAGCUCCGCGUUCACAGGGGACUCAGACACAAACCCCUGUCACCAGGAGAGUCAGUCAGCACUACUUGGGAGGGCUUAAAGGGAAAUUUGGAAUAAAAAUUCCAAAGUUUGGAAUAAAAAUUCAAGUGUUGAUUUUUCUCGUCUUUCCCUUUCUGACACAGCCUAAAAGCAUAGGGGGAACACGUGUUUAUCUGUGGGAGAUAAACAAGAUGGAGUCCCAAAGACUUUGACAAAAUAUUUUUUUAAAAAUCCACUAGAAUAGAAAAUACAUUAUUUAGAUAUACUUUAUGCUGAGAGUGAGUAUAUAUGCUUGUCCUAUUUAAACUUGUGAGAAAAGGUGGUAUCCCUUGAUACAUUUAGAAACGUGGGAGGGGGGGCGGGUUAUCUUGUUUCAUAGUAGGGUUGGGGCAGAAGGAGAAUGAACACGGAAUGACCCUGCUCAAAGAACCUUAGCAUGGCCAAGGGGAUGGUCCCAGCUACUUAUCAGGAAACACAAGCUACGGGGUUUCUCCUGGCGGGCUCUCAUGAGCUUUCAACCCCAAAGCCUAGCCAGGGAAAAGUGUCAGCCCAGUGGAAAGGUGGUCUAACCUUGUUCUGCCAUUGCACGACAUCAACAGAAGCCAUGCCUUUAUAAACAAGCAAGUCAGUAAAUGCAAUGAUCAUGUCAUGUGGAAAAUUGAAAACGUUCCAGGAGAAGAAGGAAUUUUUAUAUAUUCGUUUUUAAGAUGUAUAUGUAAAAAAAAAAAAAAACAAAGAGUUCACAUUCUAGAUGAACUUCAUGAAAUCGGAAAUUGCUUAGACUCGUGAGUAGUUUCAAAUUAGAAGAAUAUGUGAGUGGAAGGCAGCUGGGAACAUACUGCACCCUAGAGAGUUCACACACGUUGGAAUGUGAGCCGGGCUUACCUGGUCCCUUUGGAGUGGAGUCAACUGGAGUCUGCUCUUGCUUGAACCAUGUGCGUGGAGUUGCCGGCCUCAAAGAUAUUGUCAGUCUUCUUCCCCCUACAUCUGAGACUUCUCCGGAGCGGGAGAGUCUCAUCAUAGAAGGCACCCACCAUUUCACUGAAGCCAGACUUCAAAGCAUUGGAUUUCCCUUUAUUUAUAGGCUCGACACUCUCAGUAAUAUCCAGAUAUAUUCUUUUUAUUAAUAGUUACAGGUUUAUGGGUUAGUGGGAUUUCAGUAAGGGGACGAAAAAGAAAUCCCUUCUAAGAUGGAUCGAUAGAACCACGAUAAUUUCUGCAUGUACUACAGUCAAGGGAACAAAGUGAUCUUGUAAUAAUUCCAGUUAGUCCUAACGACGUUAGCAGUUCUAAUGUCAUUUUAGAAAAGGUGAAUUCUGUGCUUCUUCUAGCAGUUGUCUCUAACAAAUGAUGAAAUAAUUACUCAUGGCCCUCUCUGCCAUUGUCUUUCAUUUUUCACUGUGCAAUUAGACCCUUUUACUUCACAGUCAUGCCACCGCAGGUUAAGAUUUUUUUGGUUUUAAAUCGGAACUCUCCACACCAGUAGACCAUAUGCUUUUCUACGUGUAAGUGACAUAAUCGUAGCUAAUGCCCUUGUGUGGAGUUCUCGAGACAAUUGGUGUCAGGCCGUUUUUAUCUUGUCCAAAAAGCGCUGGUGGCCUUUUGUGGUAUUGUUACAGUCCUCUGUGGGCUUAGGAUGUCGGUGCAUCUUGGUAGUGGGUUUAAUUUUAAAAACAAUUCAAAAGCAUGAAGGGAAGCCCUGGAGUGCCCCUUCAGCCCCAGUUGGUCAAACCCCAGCGACCUUCGCCCCUGGUUGCCAAGGGCUUUGCAACAUGAAGCAGGGAAUAAAGAUCUGGCUGUUUAGUGGAUACUGUGUAUCCUUUAAUAGACCAGGUAACAGUCCGUGUUAGUUUUAGACUAUUGUUUUGUACUGUACUUUCUUGGGUGGCAGAGGAAAGAAAAGUUAAAAUGUUAAAAAAAAAUUGCGUUCUUUAAUUCUGUAUUAUUAGCAACCUCUGUUGUAUAUAGUGUUUGAUAAUAAAGUAUUAAUUUGA